CUUUUCCCUCACCUUCGCACCCAAUCUGCACUGACAUCGCCACCCGCGCCUCGAAGCCCUCGGCCGUCUGCUUGCGCUUGUCUGGACGGGCUACUAAGGCCACGUUCCCCCCCAACCCACCCCUCCGCAACACAUACCUGAGCUACCGAGAUGCGGUUGGAUGUAAAGAGGCAGCUUUUUGCGCGCUCAGAGCGUGUCAAGGGCAUGGACUUUCACCCCACCGAGCCAUGGAUUCUCACCACCCUGUACAGCGGACAUGUUCACAUCUGGUCGUACAUUUCGCAAUCGAUUGUCAAGACAUUUGAGCUUACCGACGUCCCUGUUCGCGCCGGUCGCUUCAUUGCCAGGAAGAACUGGAUUGUAGCAGGCUCCGAUGACUUCCAACUGCGCGUAUACAACUACAACACCUCGGAAAAGGUGACGUCGUUCGAGGCACACCCCGACUACAUUCGCGCCAUCGCCGUCCACCCAACACAGCCCUUUGUUCUGACUGCCAGUGAUGACAUGACAAUAAAGCUUUGGGAUUGGGACAAGUCAUGGAAGUGUGUACAAGAGUUUGCUGGCCACCAGCACUACGUUAUGGGCAUUGCCAUAAACCCCAAGGACCCCAACACAUUCGCUUCCGCCUGUCUCGACAGGACCGUCAAGAUAUGGUCCCUCGGCAGCGCGACACCCAACUUCACUCUCGAGGCGCACGAGACCAAGGGUGUCAACUUCAUCGACUACUAUCCCCAGUCGGACAAGCCGUACCUGCUUACCACAUCGGACGACCGAACGGUCAAGGUCUGGGACUACACCACAAAGGCGCUCAUCGCAACACUCGAGGGCCACACGUCGAAUGUCAGUUUUGCGGUAUACCACCCAGAGCUCCCUGUCAUCGUCUCUGGAUCCGAAGAUGGUACCAUCAAGAUCUGGCACUCUUCAACCUACCGGUUAGAACAGUCGCUGAACUACGGACUGGAGCGCGCGUGGUGUGUGUCAUACCAAAAGGGCAAGAACGGCAUCGCGCUUGGUUUUGACGAUGGUGCUGUUGUCAUUACCAUGGGCCGCGAAGAGCCGGCAGUCAGUAUGGACGGUAGCGGAAAGCUGCUCUGGGCCAAGAACAACGAUAUUCUCACCUCGGUUAUCAAGGGCAGUGACCAGCUCAAGGACGGAGAGCGGCUUACUCUUCCCAGCAAAGACCUUGGCUCGACCGAGCUGUAUCCACAGGCGCUGCUUCACUCGUCCAAUGGGCGGUUUGUGGCCGUCUGCGGUGAUGGCGAGUACAUCAUCUACACGGCGCUCGCUCUCCGUAACCAGGCCUUUGGUUCCGCCAUGGACUUUUGCUGGGCUUCGAAGGAGCACGACAAGGACUACGCCAUCCGGGAGUCAUCCACGAGCGUCAAGAUCUUCCGCAACUUCAAAGAGCGAAGCGUGCUGAAUGUUGGCUUUUCUGCCGACGGCCUGAGCGGCGGUGUGCUGCUCGGUGUCAAGGGCCAAGGCGGCAUCGGCCUGUUCGACUGGGACACUGGUGCUUUGGUCCGCAGGAUAGAGGUGGAGCCCAAGGAUGUUUUCUGGUCUGAGAGCGGCGAGCUUGUGACGUUGGCUACGGAAGACACAUUCUAUGUCUUGCGCUACUCAAGAGAGAACUACCUUGAGGCGCUGCAAAACGGUGAAGUUGACGAGGACGGUGCCGAGUCUGCGUUCGAGGUCGUGUGCGACAUCAACGAGAGCGUUCGCACCGGUACCUGGGUCGGAGACUGCUUCAUCUACACAAACAGCACGAACCGCCUCAACUACCUUGUUGGUGACCAAACAUAUACCAUUUCGCACUUUGACUCACCACACUACGUCCUUGGAUAUCUGCCUCGUGACUCGAGAAUCUACGUUGCCGACAAGGAUGUCAACGUUGUUUCUUUUGCCCUGUCUCUGGCAGUGGUUGAAUACCAGACACUAAUUCUCCGCGGUGAUCUUGAGGCUGCCGAGGAGACUCUGCCGUCGGUGCCCAAAGACCAGAACAACAAGAUUGCGCGCUUCUUGGAGGGCCAGGGGUACAAGGAAAUGGCGCUCAAGGUUGCGACUGACCCCGAGCACCGCUUUGACCUUGCUCUGUCUCUAGGCGAUCUCCAGCAAGCCGUUUCGAUUGCGCGAGAGCAAGACACGGAGCACAAGUGGAAGACGGUUGGUGACGCUGCCUUGAGCAACUGGGACGUGCAACUUGCGCAGAAAUGCUUUAUCAAGGCCCACGAUCUCGGCUCACUGUUGCUUUUGCACAGCGCCACAUGCGACACGGCUGGACUGCGCGAACUCGCCUCUCUUGCCGAGACAGCGACGGCCAACAACGUGGCGUUUUCUGCGCUCUGGCAGAUUGGCGAUGUGCAGGCGUGCAUUGAUCUUCUGAUCAAGACGAACCGGUUUGCCGAAGCGGUCCUCUUUUCGCAAACGUACAAGCCCAGCGCGACGGCGGGCCUUGUCAAGCAAUGGAAGGCAGCGCUGGAAAAGGAACACAAGACCAAGGUUGCCCGACUGCUUGGCACACCGCCUCAGGACGGCGAGGGUGACGCUGAAAUGUUUCCGGAAUGGGACGAGUACUUGAGGUUGGAGCAGGAAGGGGGUACGGUUGAGGAUUUGCUUGUGCAGGAGGAUGAGGGGGAUGCCGAGGAUGCGGAUGAGGAGAUUGCCGAGGGUGAAGAGGGUGAAGAGGAGGAUGAAGAAGAGGAGGAGGAGGAGGAAGAGGAAGAGACCAAGUAGAGGGAGAGAGGGGGG